UAUAAGCUCAGGUCAGCGCCCACUGCUUUCCGUGUCAUGUCUUGUGCGCAAUUGAAGUCGAGUUGGAGCAUCCUGAACCCCACCGUCUCCCCAAAUCACGCCCGUGCCUCUAUCGGUAUCCUGUUAGACGGGGCUGAUCAACGCUCUCCACGUUGCUAGCCGCGGAGUAGUAGCUUGCUCCCCGGAUCGCCAUGGCCUACCAACUGCAGCAUGAGGGUUACGCGCAACCGCGACAGCAGCAGCAACAAUAUUAUGAACAGGAACAGCAGUAUGCGGGCUACGACGGCCAGUACGAGCAGCAGCAGCAUUAUGGUCAGGGCUAUGCGCAGGGCGCCCACGAGCAAUGGGACAAUGGUCAAUACGGCCACUACGACCAAUAUGACCAAUAUAAUGCGCAACAAAACGGCGGAUGGGAGAGCGCGCAGCAACAAGGCGCGUACAACAACGUGAAUGGUCAUGCGAGACAGGCUCCGCAGCAACAAGGGCGAAGACCCCCACCGCAGAACCAAUACGCGCAAGAACAGGCGCACAACGGACACCACCAACAACAGCCACGGCAAGACCGGGACCCCAGAAGUAGACGGUCGAGUCGAGGAGACGGGUCGCGGCCACCUCCCCAGCAGAAACGAACAGCAUCAAGGCCUCCGGGCCUCGAUCGCUCCCUCUUCAACCCCGUUUCUCCCAAGAACGCCCCCCUCGACAACCCAUUUCCAGCAUUUCCCUCGCAGAAGCCCAAGCCUAAGCCUAAGCCUCCAGCAACCACCGACAAAAUGACCCAAGCCAUGUCGCUGAUGAACGUAGGCGAGGUCGGAGCGCAAUCCAGACAAAGAGGACCGCCUCCUCGGGGACAGCACAUGCCGCCACAAAACACGGGCCUUCCGCAAGGAAGAACAGCACGGUCAGGAUCGGAUGGGAGACAGGACUCGGGGCAAUUUGAAGGCAAUGCGCAAAACCGACGUCCACCACCACAGCGGAUGCCACCAGGCCAAAGACCACCUCCAAUGGACCUCGGAGGCGCUCGAGGGCCGCCUCCGCCGCGGCAAUUUGACCCAAAAUCACCUUCUCAGCAGCUUUUUGGGCCGAACACCAAGCGGUCUGUGACCAUGCCACAAAGUCUCCCUAGCGCAGGGCCAGGAAGAGGCCAUGACGAGCAAGAUCAGUGGCCUAUUCCUGGUACUGUCACAGGUUAUCACGGGCCUGAAUCUCCGGCCUAUAUUCCCACUAGGCCUUCGACCGCUGGUGGAACACGGCCAAACAACCCUCCGAGCCAGUUUGAGCAACAGCCUCCAAUGCCACGGAUGCCGCCCCCACGGCAGCAUCCACAACAGCAUUCACAACAGCAGCAGCGCCAAUACCCUCCACAUCAACAUCAGCAACUUCAAAUUCAACAAGGCAAUGUGGACAACUAUUACGACGACUACCAUGAGGAGCCACAUAACCACCAUAGAAUCAGCGAAGCUGAUUCUAUUGAAAUGCCUAAUUUCGAUGCUAUACCGGAAACCAGUCAUCGCCAUCGGAGAGGUGACUCGAUAGAUGAUCACUUGUCCGCCAACCCCGUUAUAGGGAACGCUCAGUAUGCAAGCCCAACGGGUAAUGCGCCUCCUCAAAGUAACAACUUUCAACGGCAGGCGUCACAUAGCCCAUUGCAACACGAUCUGCAUGGACAGUAUGCUGAUGGUGCAUAUGAGUUGCCUGGAGAUAACAUGGGCACGUAUGAACUACCUGGGGAUGCGCCUCCCAUGUCUGCUCCCUCUCGAGCGAAUACUGGUUUCGCUGGUCCUAACGGAUUGCCAAAUGGACCGAGAGGCCGAGGACCGCCUCCUCGAGCAAUGACAAGUGAUAAUUUCCAGCAAGCACGAGGCCCGCCCCCGAACUUUGAUCCGAGAUAUGGUCGACAACCGCCGCCAGUCCACAGAGAAUAUUCGGACAACUCUGCUUAUUCAGAACCACCACCAAACACGAUGAGGAACAUUUCCUCGCCGCCACCAGGCAACUUUAUCCCUCGGCCAGGAACAACAACCCCGGCGUCGGGACGAGCGCCUGGCGAUUUUCACGGAGGGCAGAGGUCUGGUACCGUCCAACCACAGACAAAUCCGGAUGCUCUACCCAUACAUCCAACUCCUAUUCGAGCUGGUCUAAUACAGCAAAACCAACAGCAACAACAACCAAAUCAAAGUGGACGACCACCACCUGUCCGCCAGUAUAAUAAUGAUCGUUCACGCAUAAGCUACGAAAGCCAAAAUUCAAUAUCACAGCGACCGGUCUCAAUGCCGCACCCAGUUACGCACGAUGAACUGAACCGCCUACGCAACACAUGGAAAGCCAACUCUUCAGAUAGCGCUACAGGCUUGCUAUUCGCGAAGAAGCUUGUCGAAGCUGCGAGCGUACUGUCUGAUGAAGGAGGCACUGCCGAUACACGCACACGGAACAAGAAUCGCGAAAAGUACAUUCUUGAAGGCCACAAGAUUAUCAAGAAGCUUGCUCACAAUGGCUACACGGAAGCCAUGUUCUAUCUUGCUGACUGUUAUGGUCAAGGUCUCCUCGGAUUGCAGGUAGACACUAAAGAAGCCUUCACUCUAUACCAAUCUGCAGCUAAAGCGGGCCAUCCCGCGAGUGCAUAUCGGACAGCUGUAUGCUGCGAAAUGGGCCACGAAGAAGGCGGUGGCACAAAGAGAGAUCCCCUCAAAGCAGUACAAUGGUAUCGACGGGCUGCAGCUCUAGGCGACCCACCUGCGCUAUACAAGAUGGGCAUGAUCCUUCUCAAAGGUCUUCUCGGCCAACAGAAGAACUUCGGUGAAGCCAUCAACAUGCUCAAGCGAGCUGCAGACCGCGCAGACAAAGAUAACCCGCACGCCUUACACGAGCUCGCCCUCAUCUACGAAGCUCAAACUGGGAACGAAAGGAUCAUCCAAGAUGAAGCAUAUGCCUUGCAACUCUUCCACCAAGCUGCAGAUCUCCGUUACAAGUUCUCGCAAUUCAGACUCGGUCAGGCAUACGAGUACGGGUUGCUGGGGUGCCAGAUUGACGCUCGCACAAGUAUCGCGUGGUACACUAAAGCCGCCACUCAAGAAGAACAUCAGAGUGAGCUUGCGCUCUCGGGCUGGUACCUAACCGGCGUCCAAGGCGUCCUCGAGCAAAGCGACACGGAAGCCUACCUCUGGGCGCGAAAAGCCGCCUGUGCUGAGCCCCCGUUGCCCAAAGCCUUGUUCGCCAUGGGUUACUUUACUGAAGUCGGUAUCGGGUGUCCGAGGAGUCUGGACGAGGCGAAGCGCUGGUAUGGGCGUGCUGCUGGUAAGCUUGAUCCUCCUCUUUCUCCCUCAAUAUCACAGCCGUGCAUACAAAUUCCCAAAAGCUCAGGAACGUCUCGAGGAACUCAAACGCGGCGGCUCAAAAGUCCAGAUGAAGCGUGAGCGCCUCAGUCGCACGAACCAAAUACAGCAGGAGGAGAAUUGUACAGUCAUGUAGAGCGUGACGAGGGAGUUGCGUGCUGUUGUCAAUGAGGUCUGGCACAUUCUGUUCGAAUAGAUGACGGGAUGUAGACGGUUUUGCAUCUGGACGACAACCUUUUUCACGGACAUGGUCAGGAGAGUGCGUUUAUGUAUAAUUGAGAUAUGGCACGGUUGGGUAUACACACUAGAGGCGCAGUUUUAGA